CAAGAUGGCUGCGCCCUAUGAAAUUUUGUGUGCGGUUAAAGCCGACGCAAAUAUACCCGUAACUAAGUACAGGUCAAAGAAAACCGGCAUAACAGUUGUUAUUGCAGAAGUAGAAGGUCCACUUGUCAACGGAUAUUUUGCUCUCGCCACUGAAGCUCAUGAUGAUGAUGGCUUGCCACAUACAUUGGAACAUCUUAUAUUCAUGGGCAGUGAAGAAUACCCAUACAAGGGAGUAUUGGACUUACUGGCUAACCGGUGUCUGGCUUCAGGGACAAAUGCCUGGACCGAUACAGAUCAUACUUGUUACACGAUGACCAAUGCUGGGAGCCAGGGAUUCCUGAAUCUUCUGCCCGUGUACCUGGACCAUAUUUUGUAUGCUACCUUGACGGAUUCCAGCUACGUAACCGAGGUUCACCAUAUCAACGGAGAAGGGGAAAAUGCCGGAGUGGUGUACUGUGAGAUGCAGGCGCGGGAAAACUCGGGCGAGAGUCGAACACAUCUUGAGAUGGUGCGGGCGAUGUAUCCCGGACAUUGCGGCUACAGUUCUGAGACAGGAGGAGUCAUGAAAAAUCUGCGGGAGAGUACUUCACAUAAGAAGGUCUGUGACUACCAUCGCGACUUUUACCGUCCCGAGAACCUGUGCCUGAUUAUCACUGGACAGAUCAAUGUAGAUGAUGUCUUCAGGGUCCUGGCACCUUUCGAGGACAAAAUUGUGGCCAAGGGUGCCCGUCCCCUUUUCUCCCGCCCCUGGCAGUCUGCUGUGCCCCCUCUGGAUGCAAGCGCAGACAAAGUGGUGAAAUAUGCUGCUGAUGAUGAGGAACAUGGGAUUGUAAACAUUGCUUGGAGGGGCCCGCGUGCUAAGGAUCAAUACAGCUAUGCAAGCCUGAGUCUACUACUGGACUAUCUGACCGACUCUGCAAUAUCGCCACUGCAGAGGGAAUUUGUGGAAAUAGAUGAGCCAUUCUGUAGUGAUGUCCACGGAAGCAUGAUAGAAAAUUCUGAAUGUGCGGUGUACUUCAAGUUUGACAACGUGGUUACAAGCAAGCUGAACAAGAUUUAUUCCAGACUGAAGGAAGUACUUGGUGGACUAAGUUCCGGUCAAGAGAAGCUGGACAUGGCCAGAAUUGGAAACCUGGCUCAUAGAAAAGUCUUGGAGGGUUUGUCUGCUAUGGAGGAUGACCCACACAACAGGAUGGCAUCGUUCUUGAUUGGUGACUUUCUCUUCAGCGAUAAUCAGGAAGAUAUGGAAAACAGAGUCCAGACUGUCCAGGCCUACAAGCGGAUGAAGGAAGAACCGGAAUCCUUCUGGAUUGGGCUUAUCAGUCAAUACUUUAUUGACAAAAACUAUGUCCUGAUUCUUGGCGAGCCAAGUGUGGCAGAACGUGAAUCUCUGGCUAAAACUGAGGCAGACAGGGUUACUAAGCAACGAGAGGCAUUGGGAAAGGAUGGUUUGCAGCAGAAAGCUGAAAUAUUGGAGAAAGCCACUGAGGAAAAUGAGAAAGAGGCCCCAGAGUCUGUCCUCACCAGUGUCAGUGUGCCAGAUGUGGCAGACAUUUUCUUCCAUCCCAUUAGCCCUUCCUGUAACAGGCCAGCAGUGAAUGAGAAAAUGCAGGCAGCACUGGUUGAAAAUGCUGCCUUCCCAUUGGAUAAAAUUCCUUUUCGGUUCCAGCUUGAUGAUACUCAUACUAACUUUGUACAUAUGACUGUACUGUUAGAUUCUAGCAGUGUUCCGCAGGAGCUCAAGUAUUAUCUCCCCUUGCUCUGUGAUGUACUGUUCGAGAGCCCUCUUUCGAGAGAUGGAGUAUUGAUUGGCCAUAAGGAAGUGAUAUCCCAGCUAGAAGCAGAGACUCUUUACACCAGCUGUGGGCUUGGAGUUCGGGGUUCCCAUUUGAACUGUGGUACUUUCCCUCAAGCGUUCGAGGUCAAGAUUGGGGUUGAGAAAGAAAAGUAUGAGACGGGUGUGCGUUGGCUUAGAGAGAUCUUGUACCAGACCAAGUUCCCGGCGGACAGACUGAAGACCGUGGCUAAAAGGAUGAACAGCACGAUUUCCCAGUAUAAGAGGAAGGGCAAUGCGGUGAUGCGAGCCCUGAUAAGAAGCAUUAUCUUCUCACCUGACUGCAAUCACCAGAUUAACAGCAUGAUGAGGCAGGGCAGAUUUCUGGAUGGUUUGCUUAAUCAGCUGGAAAAAGAUCCCAAAACUGUUGAAGAAAACAUGGAGAAGGUUCGUGAUUUGCUGACCAACCCUAACAACCUGACCGUUCACAUGGCUGUUAAUAUUGCUGAAAUAACAAAGGGAGGCUACCAGCCACAAAAUGUAUGGAGUUCUCUGAUUCCUGAUGGGAAAAGUGCAAAGGACAGUGUCCACAUGAAGCCUCAGUAUGACUAUGUGGUUCCCUUGUCCGAGUGCAAGAGCCCCUCCGUGAUUGUUGGUGUUGGAUCGGUCGAGUCCUCGUAUCUCAUUCAGGCUGUUUCUUGUGUGAAAUCUCACAUGCAUGAUGAUCUAGCAGCCAUCAUGGUGUUCAUUCAAUACCUGACCCAGCUUGAAGGUCCACUGUGGAGGCAGAUCAGAGGUCUGGGGUUGUCAUACCAUUACAGCAUGUACGCCCAGCCAGACACUGGUUUGCUGUACUUCCUUCUGGCCAGAUCCACUCACAUUGUCAAUGCUUACAAAGAAGGCAGAGACAUCGUGAUGAAUUAUGUGAAUGGAGUGACAGCAUUCACGGAAAUUGAACUGGAAACGGCCAAGAGUAGCCUGACAUUUGAAGUAAUAGAACGUGAGACAACGGUGACAGAAGUUUCCACGCAGUCAAUAUUGGCCUACUUUAGGGGAAUACCACACUCCUAUAACAAGGACCUGCUCAAGCUGAUCUCCAAAGUGACCUUAGCCGACCUUAAGAGAGCUGGUAAGCUGUACAUAUCAGCAUUAUUUGAUGAGAGCCAGAUCAGGAGAGCUGUUGUCUGCAACCAGUCCAAGGUUCAAGAAGUGGUGGAUUCGUUCAAGGAGUUGAAGGUGGACGUGAAGGUGAUUCCUUCACUGGAAGAGGAUUUCCUCUGUGCACUGUAGGAAGGAAAACGCCAUAAGGGACUGACUUAUCUGACUCAUCACAAGUUCUAAUCGUUUCAAUAAUUCUUUUUAGCAGAAUUCUGCUGCAAAAUCAAAAUGAACAAACUUUUUUUUCGGCAUUAUCGCCUUGUUAUUGAUUAUUUUUAGCUCAUAUGUUUUUAAGUUGAAGAAUUGUCAUACGUUUUGCGCCGUUGUCAUCGCCAUCGGCGUGCCAAAGCUUUAAACUCGGAUACAGAUAUAGAACCGUCCAAGACAUACAAUUAAAAAUUGUUACACAAUACUCAAUGUACAACAAAACUUAUAACUCUUGCUUAAAUUAUUGUUAAGUUAUGCCCCUUUUCACUAAAAAACAACACAAGCGUUAACUUGUUAUCCGACCUUGUUGUUGAAUGUUUGAUUCAUAUUCAAGUAUGUUAACGUGUUAAGAUGUUAAAUUUUAUGCAGUUUCUAUGCCUAGUGACCCCAUAGUAAUGUGUUGCCAUUGGAAGAUGUAACAUUCAAACCGAAAAAUGCUCUACAAACAAUUUGUUUUGUCCUUGAAAUAUAAAAUAGGCUGCUUUCACGUCCGAUUUCAGUUGAUAAAUAGAAUAAAAAUCCAAACUGCCCUAUUGUCUAUCAUUUAUUUUACAUAUAAAUAUUCAGCAAGCACUACCCUUUCAAAAAACUCCAUUGCCAAAAGAAUAUGGGGUUUACUGGCUGGCAUCAAAUUUAACAUGAUCGUAAAUGGCUCUAUAGACUGACAUUGAUAUUUGUCCAUUGGCAGUCAAUUGUAUAAAACUUGUUAAUCCUCCGGUUUGGUUAGUUAAAAUGUUUAAAGUUGGUCAAUAUUUAUCACAUGAUGAAUGUUGACCAAUCAAAUUGCUGGCACAUGCAGACUUAACAAAAGACAACCUACGGAUAAAAUAUCAAGUUUCUUACAAUUGGCCCCGGAUACCUGAAACAAUGCAAAUUCAGGUUAAGAACUAUGAAAACUUAAGUUAUUAUUGACUUCAAUAUAUUGACUUCAAUUGAUUCAAAAUCAUUUUGAUGGCGUUAAAAAUAUGAUCAAAUUUGUACCAAAUGUAAUACAUUGACAAUAUAUUAUUACUUUAGUUAAUGAUGCAGUUGAUUAAUGGUAAAAUAAAUUAAUGAUGAUAUCAGCUACGACAAUAUUGCAAUAAAAUUUAUC